UCCAAUGUUAUUGUUUUAUAUUAUGAACACUCUGUUCAUGUCCUGCUGCAUCACCCGUGUUCACCCUCCUAUGUUAGCCACGUUUGCAUGGUCAGCAAUAUUCAGAUAUCAACCCGUUUGUGUUUUCCACUAAAGAAGCCCCAGAACCCAAAAAAAAAAAAAAAAGCACCUCCACUUCCUGGUUUCCUUCUAUACGCGAUGACGUCACGACGUAAAGACUCACACAACCGCAUUGUUGUUGGGGGAAGAGAAGCUCGGGCAGCUCUGCCACUUCUAACUGCUUUCAAACAGUAACAUCGAUCCGUGUUUUUCUUCUGAACACCGUAUAACAACCGAAACCGGUUCCGUCGCCCUGGAUACCUGUCAGUCACCUGUACGUUUCACUCGGUUCAGCGCGAGCCGCGGCCGCCGUUGGAUGAGCGGACUGAAUGUGGAUUUAACUGCCGCUUCGCUCCACAGGCCGCGCCGCCAUUGCUGCUGGAUUUAUACGCUGAAUUCGUGAAAACACCGAGAGUCUUUCAGAAUGAAGAAAAAGGGUCGGCAUCACCGCCCGGCGGUGCUGAAGAGAGAUUCUUCUCCAAUCAAGCCUUCGCCCAACCGGGAGACGCUGACAUAUGCAGAGGCUCAGCGAAUAGUGGAGCUGGAGGUGGACGGCCGUGUGCACCGGCUCAGCAUCUACGACAAGCUGGACGUCAUCAGUGAUGACGACCCCACGGCUCAGGAGAUCAUGGAGUGCAACAGCAACAAGGAGAACAACGAGAAGCCCCAGCAGGUCCUGGUGCGCUCUGUGCGCCUCAAAAACAACCAGCAGAAGAAGAAUGCAGCGCUCACUGCCGCACAUGGUGGCAUAGGCACACACGGCAAUGCCAGUGGCCUGUUGGAGCCAAAGGUCAGAACGGUUGAAUACAAUCUGCCGGUGGUGCCAAAGAGGCCUGCGGCUUAUUACAAAUAUAUGGAGAGGACAGAAGAGGAGCUGGACGAGGAGGUGGAGUACGACAUGGACGAGGAGGACUAUGCAUGGCUGGAGCUAAUCAACGAGAAGAGGAAGAGCGAGGGCGUCAGCCAGGUGUCACACAAUCUGUUUGAGUUUCUCAUGGACCGCUUUGAGAAGGAGUCGUAUAUGGCCACUCAGGGUCAGAGUGACCUGCAGUCACUGGUGGAUGAGGACGCUGUCUGCUGCAUCUGCAUGGACGGAGAUGGAGCUGACAGUAAUGUUAUCCUCUUCUGUGACUCGUGCAACAUCGCCGUGCACCAGGAGUGCUAUGGCGUGCCGUACAUCCCAGAGGGCCAGUGGCUGUGCAGGCACUGCCUGCAGUGCCCGUCGCGACCAGCUGAGUGUGUCUUCUGUCCAAACCGAGGCGGAGCCCUGAAGAAGACCGAUGAUGACCGCUGGGGUCAUGUAGCAUGUGCUCUGUGGGUUCCAGAGGUCGGCUUCUCUGACACAGUUUUCAUAGAGCCCAUUGACGGUGUCCGUAAUAUCCCGCCGGCACGCUGGAAGCUCACCUGCUACCUUUGUAAGGAGAAAGGGGCAGGUGCUUGCAUCCAGUGUGACAAGAUCAACUGUUACACAGCCUUCCAUGUCAGCUGCGCCCAGAAGGCUGGCCUUUACAUGAAGAUGGAGCCUGUCAAAGAGGUAACGUCGUCAGGUGCCUCAACCUUCUCUGUGAAGAAGACCUCAUACUGCUGCAGCCACACGCCUGAAGGCUGCGACCGCCGACCGCUCAACAUCUACGGCGAGCCGCAUCCGAAAAACGGAGCCUGCCUCAAGAGGGCUGACAAGAGGGGGAGAUCCCGGGCCAAGAGCUGGCAGAAGAAGAAGAGUAGGAGAGUGGAGCCUGAACCAGAACCAGAACCUGAGACACCUGCAAAUGCUGGCCCCAGUAUUACUGUUUCAAGCUUUGACACCAUUCUAAACCAGGUGGCGGUUCAGAGGAAGCGUCUCUUCGUCGAGCGGGUGUUUAGUUACUGGGUGCAGAAGAGGCAGUCAAGGAACAACGUGCCACUGAUACGCCGGCUACAGGCCACCCCUCAGCCGCCCAAAACCAAGCAGAUGGAGCGCAUGGAGACGAACCAGGCACUGAAGGAGCAGCUGAAGGAGUGGCACCGCCUCCGCCACGACCUGGAGCGAGCUCGCCUGCUGCUGGAGCUCAUCAGGAAGAGAGAGAAGCUGAAGAGGGAGGAGAUGAAGCAGCAGCAGUCGGUGCUUGAGGUCCAGCUGACCCCGUUCAACAUCCUGCUGAGAGCUGUGCUCAGUCAGCUGCAGGAGAAGGACCAGUACAGCAUCUUCGCUCAGCCUGUCAGCGCCAAAGAGGUUCCCGACUACCGGGACCACAUCAAGAACCCCAUGGACUACUCCACGAUGAGGAAACGCAUCGACUGCCACGAGUACGGGAGCUUCAACGAGUUCGAGGACGACUUCAACCUCAUGAUCGCUAACUGCUUGUCCUACAACUCCAAGGACACCUUUUUCUACAAGGCAGCUCAGCGGAUGCAGGACCACGGAGGAGUGAUCCUCCGCAGAGCCCGCAGAGAGGUCGACAGAAUCGGCUUUGACUUCCCCAGCGGGUUGCAUCUGCCUGAAGCCCCAAAGCUGGAGCCUCUACCCCCGUUCUCCUGGGAGGAUGUGGACCGUAUUCUGAGCCCCGCGUACCGUCAGCGGACCCCUCUGGAGGAUCAGCUGAAGGAGCUGCUGGAGAAGCUGGACCUGAGCACGGCCAUGAAGCACAGCCCGUCCCGCAGCAAGAGGCUCAAGCUGCUUAAGAAGACCAUCAUGGAGGUCCGCAGCGAGAUGAGUCUGAAGAAGUCCCGCCCGAAACCAGCGCCUCAGGAGACCAAAUCAACCCCCCCCGAGUCAGAGGAGAAACCACUACCAGAGCUCCCCGCGGAAACUCCCACGCCACAGGAGGAGCCUUUACCUUCACCGACCUUUGAACUGUUAACCUCCCUGUCAGCGCUCGACACUUCGCCCAGCAACUCAGAGCCACCUCUGAAAUCCCUCAAACCCAGCGUUGACCACGUUCCCAUGGAGCUGGACGACGACAGAGACACUUCUACCUCAGUGCUACCUUCGGAAACCCUGAAUGGGCACAUCCUAGAACCAGCGCUCCUCAACGGCGACCUUCACACCGAAGCCUCUGGUGACUGCAACCGACGGACCAACAGCCUGUUUCGCAGAUCCAAGAGCACCAGCCCCCAGAAACAACCCAAGACCCAGGAGGCUACCGCUGCACCGGCGUCCCCCCUGGGUGCCAAAACCUUCCUGUCUGUGGUGAUCCCUCGGCUGGAGACGCUCCUCCUGCCCAAGAAGAGGAAACAUAGUUCCAGUGUCGACGGCGAGGAGGAAGAAGAGGAGUCGCCGAUUAAACGCCUCGGCACAGGUAUAGCUAACGGUUUUGUGGUAGAGGAGGAGGAGGAAAUCUCACCGUCCCCUCGUCUGCUGGAGCCUCGCCGGCGAUGUGCCUCUGAGUCGAGCAUUUCCUCCGGUGCAAGCGUCCCCUCCAGCACCAGCACCGUCACUGUGUCUAAAAGUGGGAAAGGGCGGCCGGCCGCAGCCAGACGGAGUACUGUGGACGACAAAAGCGCUCUGAUGACCUGCAUCGAGAACGGCGAGUUUACCGCUUCUGCCGAGAUCUCUACAGAGGUGUGGAAACCCUCCGCUGCUUCUCCAUUUGUUCUGGAGCCUCUUAAACUAGUUUGGGCUAAAUGUAGUGGAUAUCCCUCCUACCCCGCCCUGAUCAUGGAUCCCAGAGCACGGAGGAGGACGCGUCUGCACCCCAACGGGGUGGAGCUUCCCCGGCCGCCACAGGACGUCCUCAGAGCCGGAGAGCGGAUGCAGUUCAGGUCCGCAGAGAAACUCUUCCUCGUCCACUUCUUCGACAGCAGGCGCAGCUGGCAAUGGCUUCCUAGAUCCAAGAUGGCUCCCUUCGGGAUCAACCAGACGCUGGACAGAAUGAAGCUGAAGGAGGCUCGCUGCUCCUCCAUCCGAAAAGCUGUGCUGCUCGCCUUCGAACGAGCCAUGGACCACCUGAACCGUGUUAGCAGUGAGCACGAGCUGAGUGGCGCCCUCGCAGUCACGGACUGAACUCUCCCUCCUCCUCCUCCUCCUCCCAUCAUCCAUCUCUCCUUCUUGUCCUUUCAGCCUUUUGUUUUGAUCACAGCCGAGACGCUCAGUUUCUGCCUCUUACGCACAAACACACACACACACACACACACACACUUGUCAUGUUUACCAUUUCCUGCUAACUGGAUUCAUGUCCCCCCUCACAUCGACCCCUCCGUCUGAAAUACUGUAGCUUGUGAUGGCCAUCUUGUUUUGUCAAAGAGCUAUGCAACGUAAACGACUCGGUUAGCGGGUGCAAGGAGUCGUGAGAAAAAUCACACCUGGGCUGUGAGGACCGAGAAGUCUCGGGUCUAAACCAGUUUGAAUGUGUCAGAGUUUGACCUCUGACCUCCUUUAAUGUGCUGCAAGACUGCUGCGACAGUCCCACUGCCACGGAGAAACACCCAUCAGCGUGCAGCAGUGCGACUGCAGCAGCUCCUGUAAAUAUCCUGUACAAGGCCUGACACUAAUUUAUUCACUCCCUCAGUUUGUUUUGGUACAUGGUGUUCACAUAUUUAUACAGUCGGAGGUGAUGAUCCACGUCGUCGCCGGCACUGACGCUGUCGGCCUUUCUGCUGGUGCUAUCUCUACACAGAGAAAACAAACAUGCAUACUGUAAUGAACAUUUUGAUUUCAGCUCCUUUUUUUUCUUUUUUUUACGGUUUUUGUAAGUUAUUGAGUUCUCAAGCUUCAAAGUUCUCUCGUCUUUGGCAUUACGUUUUUGUGUGUUUGCAUCUUUUUUUUUUUCUUUUUUUUUUACCUGAAUGUUUUUACUGGACUACUUUUUUUUGUUUGUACAUAUUUAUAUAAAAUCUAUAUAGAUGCUCUCAAAAAGUUUAAAAAUGCCGAAAGUGCAUCAUUCACACCGAAACCAAAAAAAAUAAAAAAUCUGCUGCCCACAAGGUUCCCACUAAAUGUGUUUUUAACGGUUGUUUUUCAGCCUCUCAUGUUUGCGUGCUGUGAUGAGUUUGAGUCUUUCUGUAAAGCGUCACAGAAUCAUCUUUUCCACCUGACCGGAGCUACAGUCAGCUGUAGGAGAGAAGAGAAUGUGCCUGUACUAAUUUAUUGUAAAGCAGAAAAUGUAUAUGCAUUACUUUAUAGAGAGAGUAUUGUAAGAAGAUACUACGGGCACACGAGGAGCCGCGUGUAGAGGCGCCUCUUCUUCUGUUGUUUUGUGACUUUUUUUUAAAACAUUUUGAUCGAUAGCAUUAAAUCUGAGAGGUGAGGUGAUAGUGUUUGAUGUUUUCUUUUUUUUUUGACGGGGUAGCGAUGGGUAGAUGUCAGGUUUUGUUUGGCCCCUCUGGAUGUGGAUGUUGUGUGUAAAUAGAUUUGGUACUUUAGCUGAUUCUCUGGGAAAAAAACCACAGUUAUAGCCAACGGGAGCGGAAACCAGCCGACGGCAGGCCGCUGGGAUUUUUAUACUAAAACACUGAAAAUUAAAAUAUGUUAUUGAAUCACGA